AGAACCCUCUGCCGCGUGAAAAGGCAGAAAAGCCAGUAGGAUGAAACAUUGGUUCACUGUAAAAACAGGAAAUUUCGCGGCAAAUUUUCUUUCCCGGAAGCAAAAACCAACCCAAACAUGCAUGCACCACCGAACGAGCGAGAACAUAGGGUGUGCCAAAGGAAGAGUACAUGGAUGGUCUAACUUAAAUGUCGUGUCACCAACCAUUUCUUUUGAAUCGAGCUCAAAAUCUAGACUCGGUGCACUCCAUGACUCUUUCAUACAUAUAAAAUCCCAGACUUAGAAUCCACUGCGCAUACCACCAUUUUUUCUCUCAUCCCUCCCAACAACAGUUAAAUAGUCUGCUCCCAGGGUAGCACAGAUCUCUCUCUUCCCUCCCUCCAUGCAUUUAUGAUCGGUGACCUUGGGUUCCACCCACUCACGAGCCAUCAUGAAUAUGCCACGUUAGGCAGAGGCCAUCUUCAUCGAUCUGGGUUCUCAAUUCCAGAAAUGGAGGCUCAACGGUUGAGAGAGCUGUUGUCUCUUUGGUCUACUCUGCAAUCUACUCGUGUGGCCCUUGUGGGUGGAAAUCACACGGCCUCUCGAUUUUGCACUCGCUAAUUCAUUCCUCUGUCUUCUUCAUCAUCGUCUCUUUCUCUCCUUUUCUUUCUACAUGCGGUUUCUUUUGCCCGCCACGCUUUUUGUUCCUAGCGAUUUACUUGUUUCCUUUCUCAUUUGUUGUAAAAGGCUCGGUCCUCUGACAUGGGCAUCGCCCUCGCUUCUACCUUCCCUUUCCGAUCCAAACCUUGUUAUUUGACGAUCACCACACUUUCGAACUACGAAAUCAUGAAGGUCUUGUGUCGCCUCAUCAUGCUGGCCUUCCUUCUGGUUUCAUUCACGUACGUCAGUUCAUUCGGUAAUGAUAAACACUCUUCUUCCUCCAUCACCGGUCACGAGCAAUCUGUUCCCUCCGCUUCUGAUUCGGUCAACCUCGAUCAGCUUCUCUCUCUGUUCUUCCGCGACCUGACCAAUGAAGGUCUCGUGAAGAGGGAAUCUAGGAGAUCAGUUUUCCUCAGCAAUGAAAUUGAGGAAAACCUCGCUGGGGCUCAGAGUCUCGCCGAUUACAACAUCGACCUCAUUGCUCUCCACGAUUCAGAGAAACAGAGCUCUGUUCUUGACGGAACAGUUGAUUUCAUCCUCACCUUUAAUUUCCAAGCAGCUUCGAGAUUCAUCGACCGGACUCUGAAAACAGGUGGGGUUGUCACCGUUCUUCUGAAUGACAGUCCCUCGGCCGCAUUCUGCAAGCCUCCCAAUUACAAAAUCGCGUAUAUGCGGCGGUUCGACUUGAUUGCGGUGGCUAUGUGGAAAACUAGCGUCGCUGGAACAAAACUCCACGAUCAGAGAAAAUUGCUCUCCGGGCAUCCUUCAGAGGCGAAGAAAGCUGCGUUGCUGAAACUCGAAGACGUUCUCCUGGAGCCUCCGCGAUCGGCAUCGAAGAAGUCCAGACGGUAUUUGAAACGCACAAGGUAUCUUCCGGAUUUGAUGGAAGACUCUCUGGAGAGCUACCCUCGCCGGGUUUUCAUCGACGUAGGGUCGCCGGAGAAAGACGGAGGUAGCAAGAGCGACUGGUUUUCGACAAAUUAUCCGACAAGAAACAAGGAUUUUGAGAUGUACAAAAUAGAGACAGUAACAGGGGACUCGUCGGGGAGCGAAGUGCCCCGGAUUGGGAUGUCGGAUUGGGUGAGGAAGAAUGUGAAGGAGGAAGAGUACGUAGUGAUGAAAGCAGAGGCAGAAGUAGUGGAAGAGAUGGUGAGGAGCAAGGCGAUAAUGUUAGUGGAUGAGCUAUUCUUGGUAUGCCAGCCACAGUUAGGGAAGAGAGGUGAGAGCAAAAGCCGAAGGGCUUACUGGGAGUGCUUGGCAUUGUACGGCAAGUUGAGAGACGAAGGUGUGGCAGUGCACCAGUGGUGGGGAUAGACGAUAGUGAUAGGCACUGUGAGGGGGGAAGGGGGGAAGGAGAUUCGAUGUUCUGAGAGCAAAUUAAGGCGGUCCUGGCAAUCAACUAUGAUCAAGUAAGGAAGGGGUUUUUCCCUCUUUUUUUAAUCUUUGGUGAUGCCGGGGAGAUAUGAUUGCAUGUUCGUUCUCUGGGAAACUGGCCGUGUACCUGCAUGCUGUUCGUACAAGAUUAAUGUUGAAGGAGUCCACGAGUUGAAGACGAGUACUACAACGAUGACAUUGCUAAGCAAGGAAGUAAGGCGGGCUUUAGUACGAUUUGGAUUCAGUUGUUAUACUGCAUAUUGAAAUUUAUAUUAUUAAUUCAGAUAAAUUUAUUUAUUCAA